AUGGGACGACGCAGUGUGGAACGCGGGAAGCACUGAAAUCAAAACGAGAACGUAAUCGAUCAGAAGGUGUUGAAAGCCGAACGACUUCCUUAAUCUACGAUAAGUAUUUCGUUUUUCUUUUUGGGUUUCAAUCGGGAUGAAGAACGAUUUCAGAAGCUGUUUUCGGGUUCCAAAUCGCGAUUUUCUUUGUAUUUAAACCAUUUUCCUGUGCACAUUUUAACACAUUGCGUUUUUCUUAGUUAUUUAACCAUUUCAUGUGUAAAAAACAGAACAACUGGAUAUAAUAAGAAGUAAUUGUCUAGUUCCUGAUGAAAAUGACUAGUUAUUUGUUCCUGGUAGCAGCCAACAAGAUCCAGUUACUUUGGAUUGAAUUGAAUGUGUAUUAGGGGGAUAUAUUUUGUAACAACUAUGGUCUGGUUUUUGUUUUGUUUGAUGUAAAUCCUAGGGAAAACUAUUACACUCAUUUGUGGUUCCUUAAUAGCAUUGAACUUGAUAAUUUGUUGAAUGGAGGUUUUUCUAAGAUGCAAUCUGAGUUCACAAUGAAUUGUUGAUAGCGUUUUGCACAUUUUUUGGCAUUGCAAAUGAAACAGUGAUGGAUUUUAACAUAUAUGUUGCCAUUGGAAAUGGAAUGUUAGCAGACUCUUGCACAUUCAUCAACGAGAUUAGAAGAUGGCAGAAGGAGGUGAAAAAGUGAAAGGGGAAAACCCUAACUCCAAAGAUGGUGAUAUGGAAGCUGAAAUACAGCGUUUAAAAGAUGAAGGUUUUUUCAGAAUGGGCAAAGCAUGCACGGGGUGUUUGCUCUAUUCCUCAUUCCUAAGAAGAUUCAAUUCCGGUAACCCUGUUUGCCUCGGCUUCUCCCGUACUGAAAUUGUUCCUGGCAAUUACUAUGGAAAACCAGAGAUGGACGCUACAGAAGGCUUUCAUUUCAUAUACGCUUGUCUUGGUGAGUCCCUGUUUGUAGAUGAUAUGCAGCAUCAAAGGGAGGCGCCAAUCUUUAUUGCUGGAUACCGGGCUUACUAUGUUAGAGAAAAAGCCACUGAUUCUGAUGCCUUUAGCAGGUUUAAAAGAAAUGCAAAUGUAGCUGCAUCAGAGGUAGCGCAGAAUGUGCGGAAAGUUGGGAAACGAAUCAAGGAAAAAAUUGAUGAUAUUUUGCGUCCACCAACAAAGUAAAAAAAAUGGACAAAUGAUGUAAAAAGUUACAUUGGUUUUGUUAAUAUGCAACAUCCUAGUGCUACUACUAUUUUUGUACAUCUACUGGCUACUCAUAUUAAAAAACCAAAAGUAGGAUUGAGUCGCUAUAAAAUUUGAAAAUAAUGGUUUUCCUUGGUUU